AUGGCCCAAGGCUUGGGCACGAUCUUCGUGGAGUUGGGGAUCUUGCAAUACCUGGAUACCUUCGUCGAGCAAGGCUUCGAUACAUGGGCUACCAUCUUGGAUAUAACAGAAUCUGACCUCGAUGCUCUGGGAGUGAAGCUAGGCCACCGAAGGAAACUUCAAAGGCGUAUUGCGAACUCGAGAGGGCUGGCCCCAGAUGCCUCACUUGUGUCUCCUAUCCGAGCGAGUGUUGAGGAUACUCGUACAGAAAAUACCAAACCAGAACCGAUCAAGCAAGAUUCGAAGGACAUUGCUGUCGUUACGAAGCGAAAGUACCGACGACACCCCAAGCCGGACGAGAAUGCACCCGAGAGGCCACCGUCCGCAUAUGUGUUGUUCUCAAAUAAAAUGCGCGAUGAUUUGAAGGGUCGUAACCUGACGUUCACCGAGAUCGCAAAGCUCGUGGGAGAGAAUUGGCAGAGUCUGUCACCUGUCGAAAAGGAGCCCUUCGAGACGCAGGCAUUGAACGCCAAGGAAAAGUACAACCAAGAUCUGGCAGAGUACAAGAAAACAUACGACUACAAGAAGUAUGCCCAGUAUCUCCAUGACUUCAAGCAGAAGCAACUUCACCAAAACCAAGCUGCCAAGAAUGGUACUAAACGCUUGAAGCUGGAUGCCAAUGCUACCAGAGUUCAUCAUGGCAGCAGUGCUAGUGUAACUCCUGGCGGCAGUAAUACUGGUAGUGGUAGCGACAGCGUCAUGGCAAGUGAUGGCUCGACAACACGGAAGGACAGGGUAGGAUCCGUAACGUCCAUGCCGGAUUACCCAUUCGCGCCCAGUCUGUCACAUCAACAUGCCGUCGAAGAGUCGAUGCAUUCGCCAGCCAGCACAGCCUUUGAAAUGGAGCGAUCUCCCGUCGGAAUCUCUGGCAGUCCGCAUGGCCCUCAUCAGCGGGCACGAAGGCCGACGUGGUCAGACAGGCAUGCGAGUCCGGAGAAUGGGAUGUCGCAACAUUUACCCUCAUUGUCGGAUGUGUUCAACGGUGAUCGCAUUGCUAGCGUCACGAGGACAUCGGACUAUCAUGGGCUCGGCGGGUACGCGCCGGGCCCGGUACCGCCACCGCAUUCUGGUCCAACGAUGCCGUUGUUGAAGCACGAAAUUUCUUCAGCGGGGAGUGCAGGAUCACCAGGGCCAGCCUACAGUAGGAUGCCAGGCGAUGCUUCACUGCCCAUUCACGCGCUGUUGUCGUCAAGCAAUCCAUCGCCGCCUGCUGCGUACGAACAGAGACCAAUGCCUUUUUUCGGACAGCCAGCAAAAUAUGAUGUCUUCUCUGCGACACAUGCCCCAGGACCCGGUGCCAUGGGCGUUGCAAUUGACCAACGAGGUCCACCUCCUUUGGUCAAAUACUCAUCAUCCGGCUCGUCGGGAGCCACAGAUGCAUCAACAACGUCGUCACGAACAUCCAUCAGCGUCCAUGAAGGCGUUAUCGGUCCAGCGAAGGCGGAUCCAAACCUAGACGGUAUGAGUGCGUUGCUCAGGGCAGGGGAGAUCGUUGGCCGUCGUGAGAGUCGAACACGAUACCGUUUGUCCUAG